AAGUAAGUAGGAACUCUACAAAACAACAACUAACAAGUAACAAGUAGAACAAAGUAGCGACUAGCGAGUUCAAAGCCAAGUUACAGGCAGGCUAACAGGCAACAAAUUCAUUUGUUUUUGAAAAAAGUAUAAGUAAACAAGAUUAGUUGGGAAUAUAUUAUAAUACAAUAAUGGCAGUCCGAGCACAGUUUGAAAACAACAACGAAAUAGGGGUAUUCAGCAAGCUGACAAAUUCCUAUUGUUUGGUUGGAAUUGGUGCUUCGGAAACAUUUUACAGUGUAUUUGAAUCAGAAUUAUCUGAUAUCAUACCUGUUAUCCAUGCAUCUGUUGCUGGAUGUCGCAUUGUUGGCCGUAUGACGGUAGGCAACAAAAAUGGGUUACUAUUACCCAAUUCUACUACAGACACUGAAUUGCAACACAUACGCAAUUCGUUGCCCGACAAUGUCAAGGUACAGCGUGUGGAAGAACGUUUAUCUGCUCUUGGAAAUGUAAUGGUGUGCAAUGAUUAUGUAGCACUAGUUCAUCCUGAUUUAGAUAAGGAUACAGAAGAGAUACUUUCAGAUACUUUAAAUGUUGAAGUAUACAGACAAACCGUGGCGUCCAACUGCCUAGUAGGUUCAUACUGUGCUAUAUCUAAUCAAGGAGGAUUAGUACAUCCUAAAACCACGGUGGAAGACCUUGACGAAUUGUCUGGUCUGAUUCAAGUUCCACUUGUAGCUGGAACAGUAAACCGUGGUUCAGACGUCGUGGGAGCUGGUAUGGUUGUGAAUGAUUGGUGUGCUGUUUGUGGUACAGAUACUACAUCAACAGAAAUUUCUGUCAUUGAUAGUAUAUUUAAAUUAGAUCCAGACGGUGUACACAAAAUGAAAAAACUUAAAGGUCCACUUAUCGAUAGUAUCAAAGCUUCAUAAUUAUUAAUAAUUAUAAAAUACACUCUAUGUUUAUACUAUUUAUAUUGUCAAUGUACUUUAAUAAUUAUAAAAAAAAAAUGUUGUCUUUGUUUUAAUCUACUAUAAUAAAUACACAAAAUAUUAAACAGCA